UUAUACUCCGAAACCAAAGAGGGCGGUAGCAAUUUGUAGAAGAGAGGGUAAACGCUGAGUGCGAGAGAGGAAAAGUCUCUGCUCUAGCAUAAACCUCCAAGUUCGGGUUAUUUUCUCCUUAAAGUAGUUCGGGAGCUAAGGUCGUGACAGCAUGGAGCUUGGUGCAGCGUCGAUGUGGGAUGAGCACCAGGCGUAUGAGGAGCUGCUGUACUGGGACAGUCUGAUACAGCGAGGACACAGACUGCUGCCGCACGAUUUUGACAGGUACGAGGAGCUGCGUUACUGGUAUGACUGUUUGUGCUACGAGGAGGAACUGCGACAGUACCAUGACUACAUUGCUGCUGUGGAAGUGAUCGAGGGUCAGCGACUACAUGAGGAAUAUGAGGCUCCCAAAGAGCCGAAGGGACCAAAGGACCGCCAUGUGAUGGCCAAGCAUGCUGAGAUUUACCCCUCCCCUGAAGAGCUGACGGCAGUGCAGGAAAUGGUCUCCAGUGUGGAAUGUGCUCUGAAGACUGUGUCUGACAGGAUUGGCAUUCCAACGGACAAGGAACAAGAUUCCACGGCACAGAGUGCUGAUUCCAAAGAGUCUGCCUUGCGUGGUGUCAUGCGUGUUGGACUGGUGGCUAAAGGGCUCCUGCUCAAGGGAGACAAGGACCUGGAGCUGGUGCUGCUCAGUUCCAACAAGCCCACCGUCACACUACUUUCAGAAGUGGCUGAAAAGCUCUCAGCACAGUUAGAGACGACCGCUGCCGGAAUGUACACAGUCAGCCAUCGAGCCGAGGAUGCAGCAGUUAUUGUGACAAAAACAAAGCAGCCAGUCCUGACCCUGACUGUCCAUCUGACCUCACCUGUUGUCAGGAUAGAUCCAGACAGUGAAACCACUGAAGAAGAAACGCGAACAGUCAACGAUCCGCCGGACGUUCUGGACAGGCAGAAAUGCCUAACUGCCUUGGCGUCUCUCCGCCACGCCAAGUGGUUCCAGGCUAAAGUCAGCGAGCUGACAUCUGCGGUGAUUGUUAUCCGUCUCAUGAGAGACUUGUGUAAUCGAGUUCCCACCUGGUCUCCAAUCUCAGGAUGGCCUCUUGAACUGCUGGUGGAGAAGACCAUCGCGACCUAUGAGCGGCCACUGGGAGCCAGCGAGGCCCUCCGCAGAGUGUUUGAAUGUGUCGCUUCUGGGAUUCUUUUAAAAGAUGGACCCGGACUCAAAGACCCGUGUGAAAAGGAACCAGUCGAUGCUGCUGAUAUUUUAACUGUACAGCAACGUGAAGACAUCACACAGAGCGCUCAGUUUGCCCUGAGGCUGUGUGCAUUUGGUCAAAUGCACAAGGUGGUGGGACGGGACUACAUACCUGUGAAACCACGCAGGUUGCUUGGAGGCAAUAGCAAAGUGGAUACAGCCCAGAUACCUCCUGCUGCAUCCAUCAACCUCCCAGCCAAAAGAGCUUACUCUGACUCAGACCCAGGCGAACUGGCCCAGCAGCCCCCCAAGCAGAGGAAGUUUGCCAAGUUCCAGAAAGGAAGGAAAUCAUUCGCUGAAGAUUUCAACAUAAAUGCAGUGAUGCGUCUGAACCAGUACAGACCGGGUCUGGAGUACAGGCUCAUCUCUCAGUCUGGUCCUGUCCAUGAGCCGGUCUUCACCAUGGCUGUGGACCUGAACGGGAAAACAUACGAGGCCACUGGACCUUCAAAACGAGCCGCCAAACUCAACGUAGCCACCAAGGUCCUGCAGGAUCUUGGUCUUUCCACAGGUGCAGAAACGAAGGUUGACUUUAGUGACAAGGCUGAAGCAAAAAGUCGGGACGCAGCUGCCGCUUCCUCAACAUUAGAAGAAGUCACUCAGGGGCCUAUUUUAACCAAGAAUGGCAAAAACCCUGUGAUGGAGCUGAAUGAGAAACGUCGCAGUCUGAAGUAUGAGCUCUCUGCAGAGACGGGAGGUUCUCAUGAAAAGUGUUUCGUCAUGGAGGUGGAGGUUGAUGGACAGAAGUUCAAAGGCAGAGGCUCAAAUAAGAAGGAGGCUAAAGCCCACGCUGCUCUGGCUGCUCUGGAGAAACUGUUUCCUGAGGAUAAUCUGACGUCAAAUGUGACGAAAAGCUUUCCAAAGAAGAAGCUCACCUACACAGACAUGCACAUCCCAGGUUUUGGCACCAUCCGGGGAAUCCCUUCAGACUCUGGAACUCGGGGUUGGGGACCCAACAGAGGCCGUGGCAGGGGCCGGGGACAAACGUUCUCAGCAGGACCCAGUUAUAACAACACAAACUACAGCUAUGAGAGCAGCUCAGGCACAGGCUAUCAUAAACUCUACGCCAACAACUCGGCCAAAGUAGGUGGAGCUCCUGACUCGGGCAGCAGCGUUGGCUAUGGCACCUUCUACCCAGAGAGCAGCAGCAGCACCGUGUCCUACUCAGCUCCGCCCUCUUCCUCCAGCUCCACACAGAGCUACCAGUCGAUGCCUCCACCUGCAGAUCAGCAGAGUCCCUACAGCUACGGCUACGGAGACGAGAAAAAGAAGAUGCUAACGCAAGGAUCCACUGAGGGGCAAGGAGGAAACUACUCCAUGUACAGCACGGCUUACCCCAGCUCAGUGACCGGGGGGCAGUCGUAUAACAACAACAACAACAACAGCAGCAGCACCUAUGCAGGCUGGGGGAGUCAGUCGUCCUGGGGGAGUCAACAGGGUUAUGACCUGUACCAGACCUUCCAAUGACAAAACCAAGACUCACCCCCUGGAUACAACAAUAUGAAUUACUGAAGGUCACGUCGCACACAGAAGUCUCUUUUAUUUAUUUUUUUAAUCAGAAUUUUAGUCUUGGCUGAAAUGUAAACUGACAACUGACUGAUAACAGUGAUUUUAAAAGACCUGCAAAGAUAAAUGUGUCCGUGUUUCUGUGUGUAGCAUAAAACAGGCAUGUCUGCCUCAUCUCUCUCUCUCAUCUCCUUGGAUUCUGGUGUAUUUUUAUUUUAGUAGCUCUCGUUUUACUUCACUUCCUUGACUUGAUUCUGCUUGUUUAUAAGGACUAGUUGGUUAUUUAUGUCACAUCUAAACUUGUUAAAUAAAUGAGUCUAAAGCUGGA